UUAACUCUCUUGUUUCACAUCACCAAGAGGGAAGUAGGCGUGUUGGUAAACAAGAGAGUUAAGCACCGCAUCAUACAGAAGAAGGUCUGCGUGCGCAUUGAGCACGUCCGCAAGUCCCGUUGUAAUGAGGAUUUUAAACUGAGAAAGGAAAAGAACUCACAAAUUAUUAAAGAGGCCAAAUUGAAAAAGGAGUUCGUUUCCAUUAAGAGGCAACCCGAGGGUCCCAAACCUGCCGCCAUGAUUAAGGUCCCCCCCACGAAAAUCAUCACCGUGGAGCCGCUGCCCUUUUACGAGGAGUAUUAGGGGGGGGAGUAGCCACGUGGGUGAAUGAGAUGCGGAGCGGGAUGCUGGAAGAGCUCAUUGGCAAUGUGGCAGUCAGAGGAGAGAAGAAGAGAGAAAUGCAGACGGGCCGUGCAACGUAUUA